CUAUUAGCACGAUCUGCACUAUUUUCAGCAGAGUGAGCCUACUGUUCUUUCCUUUUCCUAUACUGUGAUAUUUAUCUGCGUGGUCUGCUGUCAAAGAAUCUGAAAGACUGAAUAUUUAUUAUAAUAUAUUUAUUAUCACAAGAAAAAAUGAAAAAUCUUCGAGAAUUUCAAUUAAAGUACGAAGAAUUUUAUCAACUGGUAUGAAUUAAGUGAUGGCACCUGCAAAAGACAAAUGGAUCAGACGUUUUAUAAUUACCGAAACAAAACGGCAUAAGAAGGGCUUUACAAUCUACAAAGUUACUUCUAUGAUAUUUCUGAAAUCCUCUCAUGAAGAAGUGUCAAAAGUGUCUGUAUGGAAACGUUAUAACGACUUCAAAAAACUCUAUUCAGAGCUCAGUCACUUGCACAAGCAUUUAGGAAUGAAAGAAAACUUCCCAACUUUUCCAAAGUCGAAAUACUUUGGUAGAUUUGAGGCUGAGGUUGUGGAGGAGAGAAAAAAAUGUGCUCUGAAAUUUUUGGAAUUUGUCGGACGAUAUUCGUACUUAUACUCGAGCGAUAUCUUCAUAACGUUCUUUGAAACUAGUCAUGUAGAUCACUAUGCCAAUGAUUGUUCACAUUCCUUGAGCUCCGACACUUCUGAAGACGAUCGUGUUGUUCUGAGUGAUUCCAUACCUGUAAGUGAUAAUACAGUGCAGCAAAGUACUUUACAAGUUCCAUUAAAAGCAGAAUCUCAAAAUGUACUGACAAAUUCAUGCUCCACUUUAGUCAAUGUUGUUUGCACAAAUAAGAAUGAGUUUACAGUAUGUCAAAGAAAGAACGAAUUUCUUAACAGCAGUAUUAUCGAAAAUAUUAAUGAUAACAGAGAAGAACAAAACGGCUAUAGAGCGGCGAAACCUGCGUUGCAUACGCAGGAAACCACUGCUAAACAUUACGAUACACAUUGGAACGAAAGUUUUGAUAAAAAUAAUGUGACAGUACUUGACGACGUGUCGGGAUUUGAUAGUUUGAACAACAAUAUAAUCAGUAAAUCUUGUUCAAAUUAUAAUACGCAUUCCGCAAUAUUACGCGAGGAGGGAGAUGUUUUUCAAGCGCAGUCGGAUUCUUCGCAAUAUCUUUUGAUAGCCGCCGCUCAUAUAAGUGCAGCCUUCAAGCACGAAUCUAUAGCAGAGUACAAGGAAGCUUUCGCGCAAUAUAAAUUGGGAAUAUCGUACUUGAUAAGAGGUGUACAGUUUGAUCCAGACAGUACGAUAGUACCGAGUAUAAAGGAUAAAAUAUUGAAGUAUUUAGAGCGGGCUGAACAAUUGUAUAACAAGCAUUUAAAUUGUAAUGUCUCGAUAGUGAAUAAACCAAUAUCGGAGCUUCAAUAUUAUAAAGUACUUAAAAUAAUUAAAUCCGUGAUGCUCGUAAUGGAUAUACGUGCAAACUGUAAGAGAGUUAUAAAGACUGUAGAAAAAUCUGGUAAUUACGAGGACAAUUUAAGUAAUUACGUAUUACACAAACAAGUACCUUACAUGGUAUAUUUAUACGCAUGUAUUGAAACGGAAACUACUGUAUUUUUAAUCUUACAAUAUGCAAGUUGUGGAAGAUUAUGGGAUUUUGUAAGAUUACAUUACAAAGUAUCUGACUCGUGCAAUGUAAUUUUAAACCACACGUAUAUAGAUAAAGAAAAAGUUGACAACAUUGAAAAUACUCAUGGACUAAAUAAAGUAGACCGGAUUACAGAAAGUAAUGAAAUACAGAAAAAUUAUCACAACGGACAAAUAUGCACAACGGAUGUUCAAAAUGAGACUUAUAUGGAAAUGCCUACUGUACAAUUAUUAGAAAAAUCACAAGAAUUAUUGCAAUCUGUUAAUGCAACACUAAGGAAAAGCAAUUCUAUAGCAAAUCGAUUAAAUAAGUGUAAGGAAUUAAAACAUUCGGAAAGUACAUUGUCGCUAAAUAUGAGAACUGUCACGCAGAUCUCUCAAGGAUUAGAUCUUACGUUAUCUAAUGCUUGUUAUAAUAAGUCACCAAAUAAUAUGAAGAUGUACGACAUUGCAGAGAAUCUUUCAACAAAAAAUCUCGUAAAGAAUGAAGAUCCGAAAGGCAAUAAUUCUCUAUUAAUAAACAAUAAUGGAAAUCCAAACGUGUCAAGAAAUAUUUGUUCAUCUGUGUUGAACGGUGUAAUUCGCGAUUCGUACGAAAAUAACAAAAUAAAUAAUUUAGUAUUUAACAAUUUUACUUCAAAGACUAAAUUUUCAACGCGAAAUAUCACGACCAAUAAUACAAUACAGAUCUGUAAGAAUAAUAAUGCUGAAGGUAUAUCCAGUCAAAUACAUUUAUCACACUACGAUGAGACACAAUAUCAGUAUAAAGAGAAUAAUAAUGAUGAAGAACAAGAGCUUUGGCAAGUACCAGAAGCCAUGGUCCGAACAUGGGCGGCUGAAAUUCUUUUAGCUUUAGAGGCACUUCAUCAGCAGAAUAUCCUGAUUCUUGAUUUCAAACCCGAUAAUAUUCUUCUCGAUGACGCAGGACAUAUUCGGCUUACUUACACUGUAUCACAGCGCAAUGUUGAACUAUCUAAACUAACAUAUCCAUAUUCAUCCCCUGAAUCAGUAAUGUUUUCUCCGAUUACUAUCAUUACGUCUGCUACAGACAUUUGGAGUUAUGGAGUUAUUUUGUAUGAACUACUUACUGGCACAAUGUUUAUCAGGAACCAUUCAGGAUCGUUUCAAUCACAUUCCAUAAUUAACAUUCCCAGCAGAUUAUCGGAAAAUGCAAGAUCCUUGCUAUACAGUAUGCUGAAAUACAAUCCAGAAGAAAGACUAACGAUAGACGAAAUAAAGCGUCAUCCAUUUUUUGUAGAAAUUGAUUGGUUGAAUAUAAUCAAUUCUUAAACUUAAUACUUCAUCAAGGAAUUAAUAAAUUUAUUACAAUAUAGUAAUUAUAUUCUAUAUUCUAUAAGUAUUUAUUAUUAUAUAAUGGAAAUACAAAUCAAUCUUGUAGAUAAAUAAAAAUGUAUCUCAAUAUAUUAUAAGGUAGUGUCACUUAACUAUACAGUGCAAAAAUAUUGAUUUCAUAAUAAUAAUAAAAAUUAUGUUAUACAAU